AUGGGUAUUUUGUCUUUACCUAUGUCUAAUCCUUUCACCGAUAAAGAUUUACAGAAAAAAACAACGAGCGAUAAAAACUAUUUGCAAAAUAUCAGUUUCACGUGUUCCUACCAACAUGAAAAAUCUAGUUUGGCUGCAUGGGGAAAUUCGUCCAAUCUUCCCGCGAAUUUGAGAAAGAUUGCCGACGUAGAUAUCGCUAAAUACACCCAAGACAACUGGGAGGAAUUGAGAGACGAAUGGGAACCCUAUGCAAAAAGGCAUACCCUAUGUCCUGGAGCUUGUUUGAUAAAAUAUAACCAAGUCAUGAAAGAAGUUGUAAACCAGAAUAUAUCCAAUAAUCUAACGGCUCCAUCUUUAUCUUUAAAGGGUUGGUAUUAUUUAUAUCAUUACGAUAAAGAAAUGGUUGAAGAAGAAUGGUAUGAAACUACUAGAAUGGUUCCGAAACAUACCGAAAAAGAAAACGUAGAAAAAGUUUAUUCGCACACUAAUCCUUUUAUAAGAAAUUUUAUCAGACGAUCUAUUAAAGGAGGAAGAGUUUCGGCAAAUAGAAAAUCAUUUGAAACGAACAAAAUGGACGAAAUUUGUAACGUAUUAAAGGUAUAUAUUUCACAAAGUGACACAAAAAGUAAUAACAUAAUUGAUUUAUUCAAAGAAUACAGCGCAAGCACAAAAGACAAAACGGAGGUUCAUUCGAGACUUAAAAAAAUAAACUGUACUAAACUAAUGGCAUUUGAUGCUAACGGUUUAUACGCAAAUUCAGACCUAGAACAGCUAUUGUAA